AUGUAUCUACUGGUCUCCCAUGAACAUCAAGAUAAUGUAUACCAUGACUUAAUACUUGAUGCCUAUGUGCAUUCAUCAGCCAUGUAUGCACAUUCUUUGAAUAUGGAUAGCCAUGUCGAGCACGGCGGGGGCCCGGAGGGCGGCGGGGUCAGCUUCCAGAACGGCGGCGAUACGGUGCUGAGCGAGGGCAGUCUCCACUCCGGGUGCGGCGGCCCCGGCGGGCAUCACCACUACUACUACGAUACCCACACCAACACCUACUACCUGCGCACCUUUGGCCACAACACCAUGGACGCCGUGCCCAGGAUAGAUCACUACCGGCACACGGCCGCCGACCUGGGCGAGAAGCUCAUCCGGCCUAGCCUGGCCGAGCUGCACGAUGAGUUGGACAAGGAACCUUUUGAGGAUGGAUAUGCAAAUGGAGAAGAAGGAACUCCUCCUGGGGAAACUGAUGCUACUUAUAUCCCAGAAAGCAAGGGAAUAGUCAAGUUUGGCUGGAUAAAAGGUGUAUUGGUACGAUGUAUGUUGAAUAUUUGGGGCGUGAUGCUCUUCAUCAGACUGUCAUGGAUUGUAGGACAGGCUGGGAUAGGUCUUUCUGUCUUGGUUAUUGGAAUGGCGACUGUUGUGACAACUAUCACAGGAUUGUCUACUUCAGCCAUAGCUACCAAUGGAUUUGUAAAAGGAGGAGGAGCGUAUUAUUUAAUUUCCAGAAGCCUGGGACCUGAAUUUGGUGGUGCAAUCGGCUUGAUCUUCGCAUUUGCUAAUGCUGUUGCAGUAGCUAUGUAUGUGGUUGGUUUUGCAGAGACAGUUGUACAACUGCUACAGGAAUAUGGUGCACUUAUGUUGGAUGAGAUGAAUGACAUCAGAAUUAUAGGAGCCAUCACAGUACUUGUAUUGUUAGCACAGAUUGUUCUGCUGGUGAUCCUGCUAUUAGCUAUUGGUGACUUUAUCAUAGGAACAUUUAUUCCACUGGAUAGCAAGACGGUUAAAGGUUUCUUUGGUUAUAAAGCUGAAAUAUUUUCUGAGAAUUUUGGACCAGAUUUCCGAGAAGGUGAAACUUUCUUUACAGUAUUUGCUAUUUUCUUCCCUGCUGCAACUGGCAUUCUGGCUGGUGCAAAUAUCUCAGGUGAUCUUGCAGAUCCUCAAUCAGCCAUACCUAAAGGAACACUGUUGGCCAUCUUAAUUACCACAUUGGUUUACAUAGGAAUUGCAGUAUCUGUAGGCUCUUGUGUUGUUCGUGAUGCCACAGGGAACAUCAAUGAUACUAUCAUUACCGAACUGAAAAAUUGCACUACUGCCGCUUGCAAGUUAAAUUUUGACUUCUCAUCUUGUCAGAAAAAGUGUCCCUAUGGACUGCUGAAUGACUUCCAGGUAAUGAGCAUGGUAUCAGGAUUUGCGCCACUAAUUUCUGCUGGCAUCUUUUCAGCCACCCUUUCUUCUGCACUGGCAUCUUUAGUGAGUGCACCAAAGAUUUUUCAGGCUUUAUGCAAGGACAAUAUCUAUCCAGGUCUUCUAAUGUUUGCAAAAGGCUAUGGGAAGAACAACGAACCAUUACGAGGAUAUAUUCUUACAUUUUUGAUUGCUCUUGGAUUCAUUUUAAUUGCUGAAUUGAAUGUCAUUGCUCCAAUAAUCUCCAACUUUUUCUUGGCUUCAUAUGCCUUAAUUAAUUUCUCUGUAUUCCAUGCCUCUCUUGCAAAAUCUCCAGGUUGGCGUCCUGCUUUUAAGUACUACAAUAUGUGGGUUUCCCUUGUUGGAGCAAUUCUUUGUUGCAUAGUGAUGUUCGUCAUUAAUUGGUGGGCAGCAUUGCUAACGUAUGUCAUAGUCCUUGGACUCUAUAUUUAUGUCACUUACAAGAAACCAGAUGUGAACUGGGGAUCCUCUACACAAGCAUUGACUUACCUGAAUGCAUUGCAGCAUUCUGUUCGUCUCUCAGGCGUGGAAGAUCAUGUAAAAAACUUCAGGCCUCAGUGCCUUGUUAUGACAGGUGCUCCUAACUCACGUCCUGCAUUGGUUCAUCUUGUCCAUGCUUUCACAAAGAAUGUGGGUUUGAUGGUCUGUGGUCAUAUACGCAUGGGCCCUCGCAGACAAGCCAUGAAAGAAUUGUCAACUGAUUUGGCCAAAUAUCAGCGGUGGCUUAUUAAAAACAAAAUGAAGGCUUUCUAUGCACCAGUACAUGCAGAGGAUUUGAGAGAUGGGGGACAGUACUUGAUGCAGGCUGCUGGUCUGGGUCGAAUGAGACCAAACACUCUUGUUGUUGGGUUUAAGAAAGAUUGGAGACAAGCUGACAUGAGGGAUGUGGAAAUCUAUAUCAAUUUAUUUCAUGAUGCCUUUGACAUUCAGUAUGGUGUAGUUGUCAUCCGCUUAAAAGAAGGUUUGGAUAUUUCUCACCUUCAGGGACAAGAAGAAUUACUAUCCUCCCAAGAGAAAUCACCAAGUUCAAAGGAUGUUGUAGUAAAUGUGGAUUAUAGCAAAAAGUCUGAUACAGACACAUCUAAGGCUUUUUCUCCAUCAUCCAGUGAAAAAACUCCUGGUCUGCAUAAAGAGGAGGAAGAAGAUGGCAAGGCUCCAACACAACCACUGUUGAAAAAAGACUCGAAAGGCACACGAACUCCUUUAAACUUGACUGACCAAAGACUUCUUGAUGCCAGCUCUCAGUUUCAGAAGAAACAAGGCAAAAAUACCAUUGAUGUCUGGUGGCUUUUUGAUGAUGGGGGUUUGACAUUGUUGAUUCCUUAUCUUCUGACAACGAAGAAAAAGUGGAAAGACUGUAAGAUCAGAGUAUUUAUUGGUGGAAAAAUUAACCGGAUAGAUCAUGACAGGAGAGCGAUGGCUACUCUGCUCAGCAAAUUUCGAAUAGACUUCUCAGACAUCAUGGUCCUUGGAGAUAUUAAUACAAAGCCAAAGAAGGAAAAUAUUGCAGCUUUUGAAGAAAUGAUUGAGCCAUACAGACUUCAUGAAGACGAUAAAGAUCAAGACAUUGCAGAAAAACUGAAAGAAGAUGAGCCAUGGAGAAUAACUGAUAAUGAACUUGAGCUUUACAAAACAAAGAGCUACCGCCAGAUUAGGCUAAAUGAGUUGCUGAAAGAACAUUCAAGCACAGCUAAUAUAAUUGUAAUGAGUUUGCCAGUUGCACGAAAAGGUGCGGUAUCUAGUGCACUAUACAUGGCUUGGUUAGAAGCUCUGUCAAAAGACUUGCCACCAAUCCUCCUUGUUCGUGGGAAUCAUCAGAGCGUUCUUACCUUCUAUUCCUAAACAUACUGUGUAACAUGCAGCUGUGAUUAAAUGGUACUUCAGUGCCUGGAGGAGAGCGACGAAGAUUAUUAACAUCACAAAGGCAAAAAGUGACUCUUCUUUCACUAUUCCGCUGACUUGAAAGCACACAAGGAAAGUCACUGUAUUUCUAAAGUUGUGAAAUCUUCAGUUUUAUUCAAAUUCUUCUAUAACUUAAUCUUGCUUCAAGGGGGAGGAUUCCUUGUUAGACUGAAGAACAACAAAAUAAGCUUUUUCUUUGCUACUUGAAUAGCAGCAAUAAAAGUGUUUUUUUAUUUUUGGUCAAUGAAAGGAUUAUAGAUUUAUAAAAGCCUUUUAGCCUUGAGGUGCCUUCUGAAAUUAACCAAACUGCAUCCAUACACCCUCUUUUGUAAAUUUAUAUAGAAUGUCAAAAUCUGCCUUCAACUUAGAACCAACUUCCUUUUAUUUUCUGGUCUCUUCCAUCUUACAAUAAAAAGAAUGCUGCUUUUCAGUCUUCCAUCAAGUUGUUAUUUUUAGUACUGUAUGUUUUUUUUUCUAUUCAGAAUUUUUUAAUAUCUGUUGGAUUUGAAACAAAGGUAGGGAGGUCAGUUGGAAUAAAAAAAAAAUUAUAAUGUUAUUGUCCCAAGACUUUCUAUCACUAAACUUGUACCGUUAAAGCUAAUUAUGCUAGACAAAUGAUGGGAGGAUUCUUUUCCCAGAUUUGACAUAGUGCCCUUCUUUCCAUUCAAAAUGUGAGAUGCAUAUGACUUCGGCUACCUUGGUGAAGGUUAGUGUAUCAGUCUUUACUCUAGAUUUAAUAUGAAGCUGUACUCCUAUUGUAGGCUGAAGAUAGCUUUGAAUUAUUUUAGUUUAUAAAAAGAACUGGUCUUAGUUCUUAGCCUUCAGAUCUCUUGGUGUUGUUUAGUUUAUUUGAAAAAAGUGUGAACCUAAGGCUUAAGGAGCAAAUACGAGCAAUGUGAUACUAUCUAACAGAAUACUGUAAACACUAUGUAGAAUAUUGCUACACCAUCCAAUAUAAAACCUACAAUUCUGAUCCAUUCUUUCAUCAAAUGGUUAAAUGGACCACUAGUUAUUAGGGGAGAUGUUUUUAGGUCAAUUCAUUCAGAUGUCAGACAUUACAAUUAGUCUUAAUUAAUAAAUACUCAGGCUUAAUCUAGAAAUUUAGACUUUCAUACAUUAUACUUUAUACUUUACACAUUUUUUCAUGUUUAAUAAAAACUGCCAAUUUGUGUGCCCUUCCAGUGUAUGUUUUUGACUACUUUCUAAUUUAGUCUUCUAACACCUAAAUAAUAAAACUUUGCUUGAGUCUUUGUACAAAGGUGAGUAAUGUGAAUUAUUUUUAAAUUCCUAUGUAUUUUUUCAGAAAAGGAUUGCCUAAAAACAUUUCACAACUUCUAGAUCGUAGUAUUGGGCAUGUUACAGGGUCACGUUGCUAGUGCUUCAAUGAUUUUUUUUUCAUUGAAGAUGAUCCAUAGAAAAUUGUAUAUUUUUAUGCCGAAUACAGCAUUAUAUUUAAUGCUAAGCAAUACUUCCUUUUGAAGGACAAAGCUAUUAGUCAUUGUGACAAAGAUACAGCUUGAAGUUGUUACAAUUGACUUUCUCCAAAGUGCAUGGUGUACUCAGGUCAUUGGUAAGUGACAAAAUAGUCUUGCAGUUGGUUUUGUUACCAAUUUUGGAUCUGAAUCAGUUAAAUUGUUUCUGUCUUUUAAGGCAGCAUGUUUUGCUGCCAAAUACAAAGUAAAUAAAUUUUAAUCUGGGCCUUGUUAAGACACAAUUUGUAAUCAAACUCAUUCUAAUAAAAGUGGUUUACUUACAGAAAGAAAAAAAUUGUAACUAACAGUAUCCUUGUGUCUGUUACAGGUUUUGCAAUGCUUGUUGAGGUGAUAGGGAUGUUGCAUUAUUCAAUGAACAUGGAAUCAUUGCCAUGUUUUGUUCUUUUUUGUUUAUAAACAAAUGGAAAAUAAGGCAUGAACUUAGUGCUGCUAUCUUGAAAAUGUGCACAGGUACACUUAUUUAAAGUUUUGCCCAUUCAGGAAACCAUUGCUUGUUAUCUGUAAUGCAGGAACCAAAUGAAGUGUGUGUGUGUGUGUGUGUGUAUACAUGCAUCGGUGUGUAUAAAAAUAUAUAAAAUAUAUCUAAAUAUGCAUUUGGGGAUGGGGAGGGAAUUGUAGCCUGUGAAAUAAUGUAGGAUGCUUUUCACAUAUGCACUCUGAGAAACUUCACUAACACUAGACACCAGAUCAACAGUUUCAAGAUUUAUUAUAAAACUCUAAUAAAUGUCAACAGUUACUGGUAAUUGUGAGCAGCAGAUGUUAACUAGUCAUAUGUCAUUCUAAUUUUUAUUUAAUCUAUAUGAACUUUGAUUUUUGAAGCGAAAUUUUUUUUAAUGUUCCAAUCAUUGUUAAUGACUUGAAAUAUAAAGUUUCUCAUUGACACAUGACAAUUGCAUUAUUUCUAUAGAUGGAAUUUCUUUUUAUGGAUUUAGAAAGAGCAAUAGUAUCUGAGGUAAUCAGUUAUUUAUUUUGAGUUCAUUUAUGUUUGACUGUAUUUAGGUUUCUUUACUUUUACAUACAUUCUUUUUAUAUGCUUUUCUGACAUUACAUAUUUAAAAGUGAACUAUGGAAAUAAUUUAAAGAUUUGAGCUUGGGUGGGUAUUUAGUUAUCCACUGGUUUGAAAAUGUAUUUUGAUAAUACUGUACUGUAACUGUCACACAUGCUUUUCUAAUGUUUUAACAUUGAAUAUUGCAGUUACUACUUUGUACAAGGGUCACUGCAAUAAAAGGAAGUUAAUUCAAUA